GCUCAACCUGUGCUUGCCCCGCAGGUAGCCCUGGCUCAGAGGGAGCAGGUGGCUCUGUAUGUGGAGCUGGAUGAUCUGGCAGAGGAGGACCCUGAGUUAGUGGAUGCUGUGUGCGAGAAUGCAAAGCGCUACACCCGCCUCUUUGCCGACGCUGUGCACGAGCUGCUACCCCUUCACAGGCAGCAUGAGGUAGUGCACAAGGAUGCCCUGGACGUGUACAUUGAGCACCGGCUGAUGCUGGAGCAGCGUGGCCACGAUACAGCAGAGACACGCAGACCCCAAAACCAGUACCCCCCAGAGCUGCUGCGCCGCUUUGAGCUCUACUUCAAGGCACCGUCAAGCUCCAAGGCCCGCGUGAUCCGGGACGUGAAAGCCGACUGCAUUGGCAAACUGGUCACCGUGCGCGGCAUCGUCACCCGUGUCACUGAGGUCAAGCCCAUGAUGGUGGUGGCUACUUACAGCUGUGAUCAGUGUGGAGCGGAGACGCCCUCCCAGCCAAUCCAGGCCCCAACCUUCAUGCCGCUGAUCAUGUGCCCGAGCCAGGAGUGCCAGACCAACCGCUCCGGGGGGCGUCUCUAUCUGCAGAGCCGUGGCUCCAAGUUCAUCAAGUUCCAGGAGCUAAAGAUGCAGGAGCAUAGUGACCAGGUGCCUGUGGGGCAUCUCCCCCGCUCAAUCAGCGUGACUGUGCAUGGCGAGAACACACGGCUGGCUCAGCCUGGCGACCACGUCAGCAUCACUGGUGUCUUCCUGCCCCUGCUGAGAACCGGUUUCCGGCAGAUGGCCCAGGGGCUGCUCUCUGAGACCUACCUGGAGGCACAUCACAUUGCGAAAAUGAACAAGAGCGAGGAGGAUGAGCUGGGGGCAGAGGAGCUGACAGAGGAUGAGCUGCGCCAAAUCACAGAGGAGGAUUUCUACGAGAAGCUGGCUGCCUCCAUCGCCCCUGAGAUUUAUGGGCAUGAGGAUGUGAAGAAGGCGCUGCUGCUGCUGCUGGUGGGGGGUGUGGACCGUAACCCCCGUGGCAUGAAGAUUCGUGGGAACAUUAACAUCUGCUUGAUGGGAGACCCCGGUGUGGCCAAGUCCCAGCUGCUUUCUUAUAUUGAUCGCCUGGCACCCCGUAGCCAGUACACCACGGGGCGGGGCUCAUCUGGCGUGGGGCUGACCGCAGCCGUGCUGCGGGACCCAGUGACUGGCGAAUUGGCCCUGGAGGGCGGGGCACUGGUACUGGCCGACCAGGGCGUGUGCUGCAUUGACGAAUUUGACAAGAUGCUGGAGAGUGACCGUACAGCCAUUCACGAGGUGAUGGAGCAGCAGAGCAUCUCCAUUGCCAAGGCAGGCGUGCUGGCGACCCUCAAUGCCCGCUGCGCCAUCCUGGCUGCUGCCAACCCCGCCUAUGGGCGCUACAACCCUCGCCGCAGCCUGGAGCAGAACGUGCAGCUCCCGGCCGCCCUGCUCUCCCGCUUUGACCUGCUCUGGCUCAUCCAGGACCGGCCCGACCGUGACAAUGACCUGCGCCUAGCCCAGCACAUCACCUACGUGCACCAGCACAGCCGCCAGCCGCCCUGCGCCUUCCAGCAGCUGGACAUGAAGCUCAUGAGGCGCUACAUCAACAUGUGCAAGCGGAAGCAGCCAGCUGUGCCAGAGGCGCUCGCCGAUUACAUCACAGCUGCCUAUGUGGAGAUGCGCAAGGAGGCCUGGGCCAGCAAAGACACUACCUACACGUCGGCCCGCACGCUGCUGGGCAUCCUGCGCCUGGCUAGCGCCUUGGCCCGGCUGAGGCUGGUGGAUGUGGUGGAGAAGGAGGAUGUGAACGAGGCCAUGCGGCUCAUGGAGAUGUCUAAGGACUCACUACUCGGUGACAGGGGCCAGCAAGCCAGGACUCAGCGGCCUGCUGACCUGAUCUUUGCGGCGGUGCGGGAGCUGGCGGGCGGGGCAGGCAGGCAUGCAGUGCCCUAUGCUGAGGCGGAACAGCGCUGCAUCUCCAGGGGCUUCACUCCUGCCCAGUUUCAGGCUGCGCUGGACGAGUAUGAGGAGCUCAAUGUCUGGCAGGUGAACCAGGCCCGCACCCGCAUCACCUUUAUCUGAACUGGCAGUGCUGGGCGCUCGGCCUGGCCAGCUGCAUCCCUGGCACGGUGCACAACCCGCAGGCAUAGUUCUGGGCCACAACGUGCCCAGGGGCCUCCUGUCUGUGCAACACUUUGAGCUUUUACCUUGCCAAUAAAGCGGUUUGUGAUA